AUGCCUGGCUUGGUGAGGAAGCUGCUGAUCAUCGCGGCAGUUGAUGGGUUGAUCCUUCAGCCAUACGGGAAUGGCGCUCGCAACAAGAGUAGCGGCGGCUUUUCUCCCCUGUGUAUCGAAUACAAGUCGCGUCGGAUACAACCGCUGCCAGUAGGAAUAAACUAUCAGGAUAAACACGCCGAACGACUGGAUUCCCACGGCAUUGUUGGGUUGCUUUCCGUCGCUUCCUAUUCGUUUUUGAUAUCGAUUACCCACCGAGAGCAGGUAGCCCAGAUUCUAGGGAAACCCAUUUUCCUAAUCACUGGCGUCGCAAUCAUCCCCCUAUCUUCCCAUGCAGACGCCUCAAAGGCGAUCCUACAGGCACAGCGUUCAUCAAAGGGUAACAACGAAGCUGCAUUGGCCUAUGAUGAUGCAUCAGAUAGCGAGACUGACCAGUCUGAGACACUGGACCAAGAAGAUCUCAACCCCGAUGCUAUCACCGUUCCUCUCGACCGAGAGGAGCAAGCCCUUCGUACUGACGCUAGAACUGACACCCAUAUUGCUGAAGAUGUUAUCAAGAAAAGGGGUCGAUAUCGUAGGUUUGCUAGUCAGUGGUUUUUUGAGAAGCUUUGGCAAGACGGAAAUACAACGCCUAGAGAUGUAACAUCUAGAAACCUCAGCGACCCAGCUGCCAGCGGCCGGCAGAAAACUGACCCCGAAAGCUGCGAACUAGAUGGUGCUAUGGAACUUGAAGAAUUUGAUUCUUCCGGUCGGAAGCUGGCGCACCCUUCCGGAAAGCCAUCCGAGACUAUUGAGAAUAUUGUUCGAACUCAUGAGCUAAUGCCCAAGUUUUUGAGAUAUACCAAGAUGUUCUUUAGCUCACGAAGCUUCUAUUUUUCUUAUGAUUAUGACAUUACUAGGCGAUUUGGGCUCCAAGACUCCCAAGUGUCCCAACUACCUCUAUCAACUAGAGCUGAUCCAUUGGUAUUGGCCCCUUCACUGGCAGUCAUGUUUUUCUGGAAUAGACAUCUGAUGUCUCCUUUUAUCGAAGGUGGACACAUUGACUUUGCUCUCCCUGUCAUGCAAGGGUUUAUCGGCCAGCAAGAAUUCACCGCUGAGCCUCUCUCUAAUGCGCACACUACCACGGGCAAUUCUACAUUGACACACAGUAUUGGAGUACCUUCGUUUCUUCGAUCUGAAGAACCAAUUCCAGAUAGCUUCCUUCUUACUCUAAUAUCACGUCGCUCCGUGAAAAGGUCUGGAGUUCGAUAUUUACGACGAGGCGUUGAUGAUGAGGGCAAUACCGCCAACUCUGUUGAGACAGAGCAAAUUUUGUCUAGGCCAACCUGGAACCCUGCCGACAAGGUAUAUUCUUUGUUGCAGCUACGCGGGUCAAUCCCGCUUUACUUCUCACAAUCUCCUUAUACCUUCAAGCCAGUUCCUGUUCUCCGCCAUUCCGUUGCCACAAACCAACUCUCGUUCAAUAAGCACUUCCUGGACAUUAAGAGAAGGUACGGAAAGGUCCAAGCUGUGUGCCUUCUCGAUAAGCAUGGGGUUGAAGUCAACAUUGGAGAAACUUACGAAAAAUACCUGAAAACAUUCAAUCAGGGUGAAGGCUUUGGUCCCGACCAUGUUGGCUACGAAUGGUUUGAUUUCCACUCCGAGUGCCGAGGCAUGAGGUUUGAAAACGUUAAACGUCUAGUCGAUAAGUUGACAGACUCCCUGGAUGAUUUCGGAGACACUGUUGUUCAAAAUAACCAGAUUCUGAAGAAACAAACUGGGAUUGUGCGGACCAACUGCAUGGAUUGCUUGGAUCGGACAGGAGUCACACAAUGUGCCUUUGGGCAGCACGCAUUAGAGCGGCAGCUUGAUCAAGAGGGUUACUCCAUUGAUUUAAAGACCAGCACCACGACUCAGUGGUUUAAUAUUCUGUGGGCCGAUAAUGGGGAUGCUAUAUCCAGGCAGUAUUCCUCCACUGCCGCUCUCAAAGGAGAUUACACGAGGACACGGAAACGUGACUAUCGCGGAGCGCUUAAUGACUUGGGGCUAACACUGUCACGAUACUACAACAAUAUCGUCAAUGACUACUUUUCGCAGGCAUGCAUUGAUUAUCUACUUGGCCUUGUGACGAUUCGGGUAUUUGACGAGUUCGAAACGGAGCUUGAGAGUACAGACCCUGGUAUUUCGAUGGCAAAAUUACAGCAGAAUGCCAUCGAGACGAGCUGUCAAAUUGUCAUCUCUGACGAUAAAGAGGAGCUUGUUGGAGGCUGGACUAUGCUUAGCCCUCGGGAACCUAAUACGUUGCGAACUCUCCCCUUUGAGCAAUCGGUCCUCUUGCUCACCAAUGCGGCAGUGUAUUGUUGUCGCUUUGAUUGGAAUACGGAAAAGGUCACGUCGUUUGAACGCAUCGAUCUUGAUUCCAUCACCAGCAUAAAAUACGGAACUUACAUUUCAUCCACACUUACUGAAGCGCAAAUGGACGAAAAGCGGAACGUGGGUAUUGUCAUUACCUAUAUACCAGGGAAGAAGAAUAUGCUACGGGUUAAUACUCGCUCACUUCAAAGUUUAAGCGACCAGGGACAAGUUGACGGGAACGCGCGGUCUUCAGAAUGGGACCUCACAUCCCUUUUGAAAGGAGCUAGUCAGUCGCCUAGCCGGUACAUGGCUUUCAAGAUUCCUCAAACGACGUCAGUGACUCUCGUGGAUCCGGCAAAGAUUGCUGUCACUGAACAGGUCGCGGCCAGAGCCAUUUGUGAUGAUAUCGAACGCACCGCGAGCAAAUCUCGAGGGUUGAGCCACCGAGAGCAGCUGUCAAUGGUUGAGGAGACACAGAUUAUAUCCCUCUUGGACGCAAAGAAACAAACGGGAUACUUGGAACAUUUAGUUUUUGAUAUCAAGAAGCUCGUCUGGGCUUGA